CUUAUGAAAGGCUGCGAGCAGUUAAAAGUGCUCAAUUUUCCCCAAGGACAAUCCAGCACUUAUGAUAAAGCUGUUUUUUUUCCAGCCAGCAUUGGCUUGUUGUUGGAUACUGUCAAAGAAUUCCGCCCGACGUGGAUGCAGUAACAAUCUGAAAAAAGUCUAUUUUAAUUUUCCUUGCACAAGAGAAAAUGGCAGCUUUGCCGCUAUUUCUAGUGAUAUUUGGAAUGGGCUGGGUGACACAAAUUGCAACAGUAGUUACCGAGGAGAUUUUUGGAAUAGAAUAUGUGUGCAUGUACUACAGUGACAUACACGCUGAAUGCCGCAACCACUGCUCCAAGAUUAACGACGAGACAGUAGUGAACAAGAUUCGCCGCCGUCGCGUAUCAAAGGACAUCAUUCCUGACUGGGAACUGGUUAAUUCAACGGUUGACCCACUAUAUUUUGUCAACUGUUCUGGCAUACCAACUAGCAGCCAGUGGAAAAAUCCCCAUUUUGCUUUUGUGGCCAAACUCGCUCCACCCAAUAAAAUCUCAUACCUGGGAACCUGCCUCUUUUACAACAAUAUCAGAAGAACUUACACGUGUGGUGCCGUUUCCUUCGAUAAUAAAGCCGGAGUGAUUAACGCAUUUGGUUCGGGUCGGUGGACUGAGACUUCCAACAAAAAGAAUCCUUAUUGGUCUAAGGUCGGAAAUGGCAUUCAGUUCCUCGACGAAGACUGAAAGAGUUUUGCGCCAACACGACGCCGUUUUCCGGUUGUGAGAAGUGAACAAUGCCGAGAAUUAUGCUUCGGUUUUGCUCCAUCAGUGGAAUUAAAAUCUACUUGUUUUAUUUUAUCAAGUUCCCGUAGUGUGCGCGCGGAUACCAUAAUGGUAUAUCAUUUAAUGUAAUACUCUAUCAAGUACUUGCAGUAAACUUUGCAUAUAAUGUACUCGCUCUUGGUGACCAACGGUCUGCACUUGCGUCAAUUUUAGACAGUCAGGCAUUUACGGUGAAAAAUAC